GCUUCCCGGCCUGGGUCCCCGCGUGCAGCGGCGGCCGGGCUCAGAGCGAGCGGCGCGGUCGGGCGAGCCGGUCAUGGAGGCUCCGCGGGGCUCGCUGGCGCUGCUGACCGACCUCUACCAGUUCACCAUGGCCUACGGCUACUGGCGGGCCGGGCGGCACCGCCAGCCGGCCGCCUUCGAGCUCUUCUUCCGCCGCUGCCCCUUCCAGGGCUCCUUCGCCCUGGGCGCCGGCCUGGGCGACUGCCUGGCCUUCCUGCGCGCCUUCCGAUUCAGCCCGGCAGAUAUUGAGUAUCUGAAGUCCGUCCUUCCUGCCACAACGGAGGAAGCGUUCUUUGAAUACCUGGCCACGGUGGAUGCCUCCGAAGUCUCCAUCUCCUCCGCCCCGGAGGGCUCCGUGGUCUUCUGCAGGGUGCCUUUACUGCAGGUGAGAGGCCCCUUGUUGGUGGUCCAGCUGAUGGAGACCACCUUGCUCUGCCUGGUGAACUACGCCAGUCUGGUGGCCACCAAUGCUGCCCGGUUCCGUCUCGUGGCCGGCCCGGACAAGAAGCUGAUGGAGAUGGGUCUGCGUCGGGCUCAAGGGCUGGACGGAGGCCUCUCGGCAUCCAAGUACUCCUACGUGGGUGGUUUCGAUUUCACCAGCAACGUCCUUGCCGGGAAACUCUACGGAAUUCCAGUCCAGGGAACGUUGGCUCACUCCUACGUGUCUUCCUUCACCUCCAUGGAUGACGUAAACCCACGGAGUCUGCUGCCCCUGACUGGGAAGGAGCCCGUGGACUUUCCCACUUUAGUGGACAAGUGGUUGACCCAAGUCUGCCAAUUACUCCGAGUCUCGCUGGAGAAGGUGAGCUGUGGAGAGCGGGCGGCCUUCAUGUCCUACGCCAUCGCCUACCCGCACAACUUCCACGGGCUGGUGGACACCUACUGCGUCAUGAGGAGUGGCAUCCCGAACUUUUGUGCUGUCGCCCUGGCGUUGAACAAGCUAGGAUACCGAGCCAUCGGAGUCCGGCUGGACAGCGGAGACCUGGCCAAGCAGUCGGUGGAGAUCCGGCACAUCUUUCGCACCUGCAGCAAGCAUUUCCAGGUUCCAUGGUUUGAGAGGAUACCCAUCACGGUAAGCAACGAUGUCAGUGAACAGAGCUUGGAAGAAUUAUCUCAAGAGGGCAACGAAAUCGAUAUGAUUGGCGUUGGGACCCAUCUGGUGACGUGUCCUCUACAGACGACCUUAGGCUGCGUCUACAAGCUGGUGGAAGUCAACGGUUCUCCAAGGCUGAAAGUGACCGAAGACCCAGAGAAGACAACCUUGCCUGGACGGAAAGUGGUCUACAGACUUUGGGAUGAUGCAGGCUUCCCAUGCAUGGACCUCAUGGCCCUGGAAGAAGAGGCGGCCCCCGAGGUUGGCCAGGAGUUUGAGUUUUGGCCACUGACCGCCAGCGAGAAGGCUGGGAAGGUGGUUCCUGCUUCCGUGGAGAUCCUUCACCUCGUCUACUUUAAAGACGGGCAGAUUUGCCAGUCCCUCCCCAACCUCAGGGAGAUCAAGGCUCACGCUCAGACGUCCUUGGAUAAGCUCAAUCCUGUCCACAAGAGGCUGCAGGAUCCAGAGGCCUACCAGGUGGCCGUCACGAAAAAACUCUACCUGCUCCUCCUCGACCUGCAGAAGGACAACAGCUCCUGAGCGUCACUCCGGCAUCGCAAACUGGAACCCUCCGGCGGCGGUGGCGAGGACGCGCCACCUUUUCCGUCCUCGGGACUGAACAAGACCCCAAACGAUUGGGGAUUGUGGACUCCCCAAACCCAACACAAGCGUUUCACUUCCAAAGCGUGUCGACACUCCGACCUCUCUCCAACUUGGUUCCUCUGCAUCACACACCUGCACACACAAGUCCCGGCCUCCCCCCUCCCAAGGAACUGGCUGGGAGAUCAUCGGAAUCCCGGCCAAGCCAUUAGGAGAGAGUGGAGGGUCGUUCUCUGCUGGAAACCCCCCCCCCUGUGAUCUCGGUUUGUUGGGUUGAUAGAAGAACCUGGCCAAUUUUAUUUUUAUUUUGUUUGCGUUCCAGCUUAAGGGUGCGGCCGGACGAGAGACAAAUCGCUGGCGGGAUGCAGGCAGGGGGAUGUUGAUAGCCAUUGGUGAGGUCAGAACAGUGACCUGCCUCUCCCACUCUUCACAGCCCACCCACCCCAGAUCUGAUGUAUUUGUUUGCCACUUUGACUCACAGUUGGAGAAAGCAGAGAGUUCCCCCCCCCAGGCUAGAGCAAAGGGGGGGGGUCUCUGCGGCUGCUUUAAAACUUGUGGACUUCAACUCCCAAUGGCUGGCUGGGGGAUUCUGGGAGUUGAAGUCCACAAGUCUUAAAGCGGCCACAUUUGCAGACCCCUAGGCUAGAGAAUUUGCUGGCUGUAUCAAGUGAGGGCCCCCGUGUCCCUUCACCUCUUCUCCCCCCCCCCCCAGAACAAAAGCCUUUGGUAACACU